UACUGGAAAGCGCGCGCGCUUCCAGUAUUUCCAGUGUCAACCACGUGGUUUCCCAGAUGCAAAAAAUAGUGAAAGCUGAUGCCCAAGAUCUGCCCCAGAAACUCAAGUGAGCUUCCGCAGGGAAAUCAGUGAACAACAGGGAGAAUUAUCAGCUUCAGAGGUCAUCGAGUUCAUCAAGAGCGACGUGGUUGCCCAGGAGAGUGCCUUUCGAGAGAAUCCAGAGCCCGAGAAUCCAGAAUCAUGUCCGGAGAGGAGUUUUUGGGCUACAGAUCGCCGCUGAGCUCUCGCUAUGCCAGCAAGGAGAUGCAAUUCCUGUUCAGCGACCAGAAUAAGUUCUCCACGUGGCGGAAGUUGUGGAUAAUGCUGGCCAAGGCGGAGAAGGAGCUGGGAUUGGACAUCACGGACGAGCAGAUCGCCGAGAUGGAGGCCAACGUGGACAAUGUGGACUUCCAGGCGGCGGCGGCUGAGGAGAAACUCACGCGUCACGACGUCAUGGCUCAUGUUCACGUGUUCGCCAAGCUGUGCCCCAAAGCGGCCCCCAUCAUCCACCUGGGCGCCACAUCGUGCUUCGUGGGCGACAACACAGAUCUGCUGAUCCUGCGCGGUGGUCUGGAUUUGCUGCUGGAUGGCGUGGCGGGCGUGAUUUCGCGCCUGUCGGAAUUCGCCCGGGAAUAUCGCAGCUUGCCGACGCUGGGCUUCACACACUUGCAGCCGGCGCAGCUGACCACGGUGGGCAAGAGGGCGUCGCUGUGGCUCUCAGACCUGCUGAUGGACGAGCGAGCGCUGCGCCGAUGCCGCGAGGAUCUCUGCUUCCGCGGCGUGAAGGGAACGACGGGAACGCAGGCGUCCUUCUUGCAGCUCUUCGACGGCGACGGCGCCAAAGUGCGUCUGCUGGACAGGCGAGUGGGUCAGCUGGCGGGAUUCGCCAAGUGUUAUCCAGUCACGGGCCAGACGUACUCCCGGAAGGUGGAUUUGGAAGUUGUGGCGGCGCUUUCGGGACUCGGAGCGACGGUGCACAAGAUGUGCUCGGAUCUGCGCCUGUUGGCGUCGCGCAAGGAGCUCGAGGAACCCUUCGAGAGCACCCAGAUCGGCUCCUCCGCCAUGGCGUACAAGCGCAAUCCGAUGCGCUCCGAGCGAUGCUGCGCCAUCGCCCGACACUUGAUCACGCUGCACGCCAACGCGGCCAACACGCACGCCACGCAGUGGCUCGAGAGGACGCUGGACGACUCGGCCAACAGGCGCCUGACCCUGUCCGAGGCCUUCCUCAGCGCCGACGCCGUGCUGCUCACGCUGCUGAACAUCACGCAGGGCCUCGUGGUGUAUCCGAAGGUGAUCGAGCGUCACAUCGCGCAGGAGCUGCCCUUCAUGUCCACGGAGAACGUGAUCAUGGCCAUGGUGAAGGCGGGCGGCGAUCGCCAGGUGUGCCACGAGAAGAUCCGCGUGCUGUCGCACGAGGCGGGCGCGCAGGUGAAGGUGCACGGCAAGGACAACGAUCUGGUGGCGCGCAUUAAGGCGGACGCCUACUUCGCCCCGAUCCUCAGCCAACUGGACGCCAUCCUGGACGCCAAGACGUUCAUUGGACGCGCGGCUGAGCAAGUGGAGGAGUUCCUGGCGGAGGAAGUGGCGCCGGUGCUGGCAAAGUACAAGGAUCAACUCAAGGGACUGAAAAGUGUUCAGCUGAGCAUCUAGAAAGUGUGUUUUUAAUCACAAAAUAAAGAGUUAUUCAUCAUUCUGCAGAAGCAUGUAGUAAAUCGUGGACUUCUUGCGCACUUCCUGCAGAAUCUUGAUGUGGCGCAGCAUCUGAAGGC